UUUAGAUCUGUUUUAUUCCCUAAAAAUGUACAACAAUUAUAUCAUUCUUCAAAAGUUCCUGAAAAUUACUUAACAUGAGCUGAUGUUGUAAUGUUAAAUUAAAGCAUUAACAUAAUUAUUUAUUAAAAAAUGGAUUUUUUUUCGGAAAUUAUAGGCGAGACGGUCAUUUUAGGGUUAGAUUCAUUAAUAUUGGGAUUCUGCGUGAAGCAGCUGAGCAAAUGUAAACACAUCCUCAAUGCUCUACAGACAGCACCAGUUCUGGAGAUAGACUCAUCAAUUAACAAAGAAUUAAAGAAGUUCCCUAAUAGCACAAUCCCAUAUGUUGUGAUAAGAGGACUGGUGAAGCCGCUUGGCACUCCUAUCACCAGUAAUUACAAUAACUCCAUCACCGGUGUGGUGCAAAGAUUAACAAUAAAAGAGCAUGUAAUAGCCAGAACAUCGGCAGGUUUCUGGUCAGACCAGACCCGGACCAUUCAUGAAGUGUGUAAUUCAACUCCAUUUGUUCUCAACAAUGGGAAAUACAGCAUAGAAGUUGUUGACGCAUUAGCUGCUGAAUUACUUGAUAUGGACGUGAUUUCGGAUAAAUUCGAACCGAUGUCUCCUGGUGUUAUCGAUCACGUAUGGGGCUUCUUCUCCGGAGUGCGUCAGCGAGGACUCCAGACUAUGGAGGAGAUGCUUCGAGACGGCUCCUACAUUACUGCCAUCGGCGAACUGAGCAAGAGCAAAACAGGCGCACUAAAGAUCCAGCCUCCUAGAGACGGCCUACCGCUGUACUUGACCACAGCCACGAAAUCCAGCUUGUUGAAGAGGUUGGCCAGUUCGAGAGAUUUUUUGAGAAUCCUGGUGGUAAUAUUCGGUGCGGUGGCCGUGGCGGCCUCGUGCAGGGUCGCUUACAAGUACGUGAAGCGACGCAAGCGACGCGCGCUCGACGACUCAGUGAAGCAGCGGCUGGCGGCCGGGCGCCGGGAGAGACGAGCCGUGGCCAGGGAGAAGAACCUGAGCGAAGUGCAACUCUGCGUUGUCUGUACAGAGAAUCCCAAGGAAAUUAUACUGUUACCGUGCGGUCACGUGUGUGUGUGCGAGGAUUGCUCGGACAACAUCACGGACAACUGCCCCAUAUGCCGUAAAAGAAUAGAAUCCAGGGCGCCCGCCUUCAUUACAUAAAUAUUAUUAUAAUUAUUUAUUCAGGUGUAAGAAGGAAAUCGCUCUCGAAAACGAAGACAGAGUUAAUACUAUGACACUAUUCUUUACUGGUGGUAGGACCUCUUGUGAGUCCGCACGGGUAGGCACCACCAUUCUGCCUAU